GCCACAAAAAGGGGAGGUUACAGGGGCUCACUUUCACUGUUCUGGCUUGGCCAGCAGAGGCAGCAAGGACCUGGGGCAGAGCCCUUCUUGCCUUCCCUCUCCACCUCCAGUGCUGCAAGGAAGUCGGUGGUCUUUUGGCCAGACUGGAGUUCAUGGCGCUGGUCAAACUGAUGCUGCCCCGGGCUCUGCUGCUCUGUGCCCUGCUGCUGCAGGCCCAGGGAGGGCCCCGCGAGCGGGUGGCAGAGACUGAGGAAGAAGACAACCACCAAAAUAUCAAACUCUGUUUGAAGCAGCCUCCAAUGUAUCUAUGUAAACGCCCCUGUGAUUCUCACAUAGAAUGUCAAGGAAAUGAAAAAUGCUGUUUGAGCUACUGUGGUAUGAUUUGCCAGAGCUUUGGUCUGUAGCAGAGUGGGCUGUGUGGCCUGCAACCCCAACCCUCUCUGUUUGCACACUGGGCUCAUACCUGAUGAACAAGGACCUCCAAUCACAACCACAACCGCAUGAGCCCAGAUGUUACCCUCUCUACUGUCUGAACUCCUUGUCCCUGUUCAAUAAAGCAGAACAAAUGCUGGGCAACCC